AUGUCGCCUAUUAAGCAAUACGGUUGGUACCAAUGGCCUAUGCGUAUUUUUCAAUUAGCUAUUGCUACUAUUUGUUUGGCUUUAGCCGCUGCCCUUGUUGAUCAACAAGGUGGUAACGGUCACUCUCCCGGUAAGAUCAACUACUGUGUCUUUGUUGGUUGCUUUUCCAUCUUGACUUUCUUCCUUACUGCUCUUGGUGCUUUCUGGCCUAAUAUUGUUGGUAAUGUUUAUUUAAUUGCUGCCUACGAUCUCUUAAACUGGAUUUUCUUGCUUACUGCAGGUGUCUGUAUCGCUGUGGCCAUCCGUGUCCAUUCUUGUGCAAACAGAGAUUUCUUGAACAGCAACCAUUUCAUCCAAGGUAGUGGCAAGCGCUGCAGAGAAUUGCGUGCCCUUUGUUUCUUCCUUUGGUUCUUGUUUGGUCUUUACCUUGUUUCCUUCAUUAUGCAAUUCUUCUUAAGACACGACGGUGGUGGUCAUAGCUACACUAGCCGUGGUGGCGGUCGCAAGAAGGGAAGCGGUCCUGCCGUUGCACCUCGUCCUGCCAUGUCUGCUGUUUAA